AUGAAGUUCUUGUCGCUCUUUAGUUUCUCUUUAGCAGUCACUGCUUGCCGCAGUACACCAUCACCCCAAAAGUCGCCCAAGAUCGACGUUCACUCUCAUUUUGUUCCGAAUUUCUAUGCAAAGGCCUUGAGAGAGGCUGGUCAUGUACCUGGCCCAGAUGGAAUGCCCGGCAUUCCCGAAUGGGAUGCCGAGUCUCAUCUGCAAUUUAUGAAGGAAAACAACAUUGAGAAGUCGAUUUUGUCAAUCUCAAGCCCCGGAGUCUACCUCAAUAUUCCCUCCAAGGAUGCUACGAAGAAGGCUAUCAAGCUGGCUCGUCGAGUUAACCAGUAUGGAUCUCAGGUUAAGGCCAAGUACCCCAAGCAGUUUGGCUUUUUUGCGUCACUUCCGCUGCCUGACAUCAAGGCUUCCUUGAAAGAGAUUGACUAUCUCUUCAAACAGCUCAGCCCUAAGCCAGAUGGAAUCGUCAUGAUGUCCAACUACUACGGGCUGUACCUCGGUGAUCGUGAUCUUGAGCCAAUCUACGACGCACUGAAUGAGCUCAAUCAACAGUGGCAGGCUCUCAACCGGCCAGUGGCCGUCCGACAGUUUGCUGCUCCCACUUUGGACUUCCCUUUCGAGACAACGCGCACCUUUGCCGACUUGUUCUACACCUCAAUGCCGACCAAAUUCCCCAACCUCAAGUGGAUCAUGUCACAUGCUGGCGGUGGUCUGAUUCCAACCUUGGACCGCAUUAUCACCUACAGCGCUCUUUACCCUGGUCUCAACUUGACAGAGGAUUCUAUGAAGCAAACCCUCUCCGAGAGCUUCUACUUCGACCUUGCCGGACCUUGGCCUGUCAACUACGCCAUUCCCGCAUUACUUCGAUGGGUCGAUUACACGAGAAUCGUUUGGGGAUCUGACAUUGUCUUCACACCCAUGUCAUCAGCUGCGAAGUAUGCUGCUGCUUUCGAUAAGGAUGUUGAAGAGGUAUUCCCGGAUCCUCGAAAGGCGAAUGCUAUUCGAGCGACUAAUGCUCGAGGUCUGUUCGGCUAA